AUGAGCAGGCCGACAUCCUUUGACCAAGUGACGAGGAAUCUGGAGCAAGCCCUUGCAGACCCGUCUACCGCUCUUAAUGUUCACCUCAUCGACAAGCUAGGAGCCGAGGUGGUGGCUCAAACAGACCAUAAUCUCUCAAAGGCGCUGAUUACCUUGAUAUCCCGCGUGCUGCCAGUGCUGCAGGAGGAUCCAAGCCCUGUAACAGCUCUAGCUAGGAAAGUAGCGAGGUUCCUAAGCUUUGCAGAGCUUCAAUCAAUCGAUCCCCCAAUCGACUUCGUUGCUGGAAUCAGGGCUGGUAUUCCCCCGAUCAACAGCCUCACACUUUGCCUCAUUGCAAAAGCAAGCGAAUCUCCAAGCCAUGUCGCCGAAGUUGCUGGAAAUUCAAGCCUGGUUAGGUCAAUUGUAGAAUUAUGGCUAUCGACGGAUGAUUCCGGAGUAUCGCAGGCUGCCUUCGACGUUCUCUGGUCCUUGCUAGAGGCAGACCAUUUAGUUUCAAAUUCUACAGAAGGCAGGUCGAAUAAUGGACCGCAGCAUAGUGGGCCUAUGUGGCGUAGAUUAUUUCAGAAUACUUCAUCCUCAGAACGCUCGAUAUGUUCUCUCCGGACGUGCCCGACAAAGACAAUUGCUCAGGGGAGGCUGAUGGAAUUUGUUGUCAAGGUCGGAUCACUCAGUUGGAGCGCUAUAUCGACGUCGCACUUCCCAGAUAUUGAAUCAUCCGUGCAAAGUGAUAGCUUGUUGAGCUUUGUGGCCAUUAGGAUGGUUGACACCAGUGACCUACUUCUCCAUAUGACCCUCUUGCAAUUUCUCCGCCAGAUGCUUGAAAUAGGUGCUCCAGGCUUGCGUCCUUGCAAUAGCAAGUCGUCCAGUCUAAUUCCCGCAUUUUCAUCCCCUUCUUUAGAAUUUCUUAUCACCAAUGGCCUACACCGGAAGGUUAUCAAUUGCUACUUGGAUCCCACUACACUUGAUUCCGCUACUGGAAACUUUCUUGCUUCCCCUGUAAAGGCAUAUGUUUCGGCCUACGCAGCCCUCUACCCAAACCAUAUGCUACAAGAGCACCAGGCACAACGAGAUCGGCUGUGCUCUCGUAUACUUGAGGCAUUCAAAAUUCCAUCAGCUCAGUGGGCUCACGGCCCCGUGCCUAUUGGAGACCUUGACAUAUUGGCGUCACUUCCUCGGGUAAUGCUGGUUGAAUCUGGAAAAAGAGGUCUUAACCCGUUACUCUCUGUUCCUUCUAAACCCUUACAUAUUGAGACCCUGAUAUGCUUGGGUAAAGUAUUCCAUGGUCCGGCGUCUUUCGAAGAUGCAAUGGAUAUAGACCAGACAGUUAACAGAGGCCCGGACCCUACCAGUACACGUGCUGAGGCAGCAGCUGCAAGGGUUCUUUAUUUCCAAUACUUGAACAGUCAUCCUGAUUUUUGGUCUAAUAUUAUCGAGGCUGCUGAAAUAAUAGCAAUGCAAGAUACCGCAAUAGCAUCGAUAAAUCUCAUCAAGAACGUGGUAACAGCAAACUGGGCUGUUCUCUCCUCGGCCGAUGAGGCAAGCACUCUAACUUCUAGUCGGUUUGUUCUACCGACAGAGAGUGUAGUCAGCCAACUUGGUCCCUCUUCACAGGGAAGUCUCCCUGUCAGCGGAGCAUGGGCAUUACUUGUUCCCCCCGCCUUGACUGUUGUUUUACCAUACCUUUUCAAGCAACCACCGUCUUACGCAAAUUUCGUUGCCGGAGGAGCUGGAGACACUGAGAGCGCUGUCUGGCGGAUUGCAACUACAAAAUAUGACGCCCUUGUGGCCCUCCAGUCUGCUGUCCAGAGGAUGGAGAGCACUGCAGGCGGACUUGACGAUAUCAAACGAACGUUAAAGCGGAGAGUAGCAGAAGGGCCCAUGGGUGCUCCAAACCAAAUUGGAAGCAGAAUUGAGGCCCUUGAGCUUUGA